UACUCAAUACUUUCACUUUAAGUUUUGUCCAAAACUUCAUUAGGUGCAUUUAUUUUUUAAAUUUCAUUUAUAAUUAUAUUAGUCAAACAGAAGCUAACCUGUCCUAGCAAAUACCUCCAAAAGGAAAAAAUAGAAUCAAGAAAAAACCCAACAAUUAAAAUGGCAACAAAUCUUGAAGAAUUACAAGUAGCCAUUAAUGGAGAAAAAGACGAUGAAGAAGAACAAAAGUUUCUUGAACAACCGAUGAGCCCAUCUUCACAAUGUUUCAACACAUCAAUCCUCUGUUACAGUAUUCUCGCUUUUCUUGAAUUCGAAUCCGAAAUCAUUGACUCAAAAAUCUCACAACAUUUACAAAAACUAUUACCAAUUCUCAACCCAAGAUUCACUUCGAUCGUCCUGCGAAACGUCGACGGCACGCAGCGAUGGCGGAAACUAAACGUAGAUAUGGUUCAUCUAGACGAAGAUCACAUCAAAGUGGCAGAAUUUCCGAAAGGUUUAACACCGAAAGAUUACGAUAAACACUUGGAAGAUUACGCGUUCGCAAUACAUAAAGAAGGGUUCCCGGAAGGAAAACCGUUGUGGCAAGUGCACCUGAUCAAGUAUCCGACGAGCAACGCCGUGUCGACGUUGAUAUUUAAACUGCAUCAUGUUCUUGGUGACGGGUAUUCGCUUAUGGGGAUAUUGUUGUCUUGUUUACAAAGAGUUGAUGAUCCUUCGCUUCCGAUUACUUUUCCGACUUCGACUAAAUUGUUGAAGAAGAAUAAGAGAAAUUGCUCUCAGGGAUUGAAAUUUGUGUCGGUGUGUUGGAAUACUGUUUUGGAUUUCGGAGAUAGUGUGAUACAAUCAAUGUUGGGAGAAGAUGAUAAGACGGUGAUCCGGUCGGGGAAGCCGGGAUUGGAGUCGGAGCCGAUUAGUAUCUCGUCGAUUUCUUUGUCUCUUCAAGACAUUUCACUUGUCAAGUCUAAGGUUAAUGGGACUGUGAAUGAUAUAGUGGUCGGAAUAAUAUUCUACGGCAUACGACUUUACAUGCGAAAAAUGGGUCAAGAGUCAAAGGACGCUAAACGUGUACGAGCAUUUGUGGUAGUGAAUACGCGAAUGUUGGCCGGGUACCAAAGUGUAGAGGAGAUGGCAAAAGCAAACACAUAUGGGCAUCGAAUAAGUUGUUUCCCGUUGCGAGUACCGACAAGCGGAAAUGUCGAGAAAAUGAAUCCCAUGGAUUUUGUUCUGAAAGCGAAGAAGACGAUGAGAAGGAAGAAGCACUCUUUGGCAGUGUUUCUCACUGGUGGUCUCCUUCAUUGGAUGGGGAAAAUCAAAGGAGCAGAGGGAAUUUCUAGUUUCAUUUAUAAGAACUCGAAAAAGACGAGCUUAGGGAUUUCGAAUUUGGUCGGUCCAAGAGAGAAGACAGCAAUGGCAGGGCAUCCAGUUAAAGGAUUCUACUUUGCGGUCAUGGGUACACCUCGGAGUUUGGGGAUCUACAUUAUGAGCUAUAUGGACAAGUUAAGACUGGUGGUCACUGCAGAAAAAGAGUUCAUCGAUUCCGAACUGCUUGUUUCUUGUAUGAAAGAGGCAUUUCAAAACAUAUAUGAAGCAUCUUCAUGGAAUGAUAAAGAUAGGGAAGUAUUUCUUCAAAAACCUUGAGUAGAAUUUUAAGUUUCUUCAGAACAGCUAGCACAAACUAAAAAAGAAAGAAAGAUCCCUAGCUAGUAGUAUCAAUUGUUCAUAAACUAUUUAGAGUUUUGAUUGUGCAUUCAAUUUCAUUGUGUAAUUAAUUAAUUUUAUGCUGUAUAUGUGGUGUUCUUGAACUUGGUCAUUCAAAAUUUGAUUAUUUAGACUAUCAAGUAAGCGAGCAAAUUAGUUUAGACUGAUGAAAUGAAGUCGUAUUCAUA